UUCCGGGAGCCAGACUUCUGGUUUAGCUCUCCUGAGGAAGUCGGAGAUCGUUACUGUGUACUGUGCCUUGGGUUCUGGAGAAAGCACGGGUCAGCUCAGCAGCCGCACCAUGGUGAGCGAGGCGUUGCUUUUCACAGACAGGGAGGAGCGGUGGGCCAAGGCAUUUCUCUCACAAGGCAAUAUCACAUUCCAAGGGUGCAGAAAUGACAGAGGUGACCCUCCAAUUCAGUUUCCUUCUAAAAAUGCAGUGACUUAUGAUGAUGUGCAUGUUGACUUCAAUUGUGAAGAGUGGGCUUUGCUGGAUCCUUCCCAGAAGAAUCUCUACAAAGAUGUGAUGCUGGAGACCUACAGGAACCUCACUGCUAUAGGGUACAAAUGGGAAGAUCAUAAUAUUGAAGAACAUUGUAAAAGUUCUAGAAGACAUGGAAGGCAUGAAAGAAGUCAUACUGGAGAGAAACCUUUUGAAUAUAUUCAAAGUGUUAAAGCCUAUGCAUAUCUUAAUAAUCUUCAAAGGCAUGAAAGAAUCCAUACUGGAGAGAAACCCUACGCAUGUGGUAAAGCCUUUUCAUGGGACAGUAGUCUCCAAACACAUAAAAGAAUACACACUGGAGAGAAAACCUAUGAAUGUAAUCAAUGUGGUAAAACCUUUGCACAUCAUAGUCAUCUUCUAAUGCAUAAAAGAACAUACACUGGAGAGAAAGGAUAUGAAUGUAAUCAAUGUGGUAAAACCUUUUCACGACAGAGUAAUCUUCUAACCCAUAAAAGAUUACAUACUGGAGAGAAACCCUGUGAAUGUAAUCAAUGUGGUAAAGCCUUUUCACAACACUGGUAUCUCCAAAUACAUAAAAGAACCCAUACUGGAGAAAAACCCUACGAAUGUAAUCAAUGUGGUAAAGCCUUUUCACGACAGAGUAAUCUUCUAACCCAUAAAAGAACCCAUACUGGAGAAAAACCCUAUGAAUGUAAUCAAUGUGGUAAAACCUUUGCAUUUAGUGGUAGUCUCCAAAAACAUAAAAGCACACAUACUGGAGAGAAACCCUAUGAAUGUAAUGAAUGUGGGAAAGCCUUUUCACAAAAGUGUCAUCUCCAAACUCAUAAAAGAACCCAUACUGGAGAGAAACCCUAUGAAUGUAAUCAGUGUGGGAAAGCCUUUGCAUGUCACAGUCAUCUUCUAACACAUAAAAGAACACAUACUGGAGAGAAACCCUAUGAAUGUAAUCAGUGUGAGAAAGCCUUUGCAUGUGACAGUAGUCUCCGAGUACAUAAAAGAUCACAUACUGGAGAGAAACCCUAUGAAUGUAAUCAGUGUGGUAAAGCCUUUGGACGUUACAAUCAUCACCUAAUGCAUAAAAGAACACAUACUGGAGAGAAACCCUAUGAAUGUAAUCAAUGUGGGAAAGCCUUUUCACAAAAGUGUCAUCUCCAAAUUCAUAAAAGAACACAUACAGGAGAGAAACCCUAUGAAUGUAAUCAAUGUGGUAAAGCCUUUGCACAUCAUAGUCAUCUUCUAAGGCAUAAAAAAACACAUACUGGAGGGAAACCCUAUGAAUGUAAUCAAUGUCAGAAAGCCUUUGCAUGUAACAGUAAUUUCCAAAUACAUAAAAGAACUUAUACUGGAGGGAAUCCUGUUAAUGUAAUCAAUGUGUUAAAGCCUUUGGACAUCACUGCAAUUUUUGAAAUCAUGAGAAAAAAACAAACUGCAGAGAAACCCUAUAAAUGAAGUCAGUGUGGUAGGGGUUUAUACUUCAUGGUAGUUUUUAUAUAAGAAUAGAAAAGUUUUACUGUAAAGCAUUCUGUUAAAUGCAAUCAUUCUUUUAAAGCCUAUGCACACCACAGUAGUCUUUGAGAACGUGAAAAAACUCAUAACAAAGGGAAUCUGACUAUAGAGGAUUUGGUAAUAUCUUUAGCCAACACAUUUUCAUUACACAAGAGUAUUCUGUAGAGAAAACAUCUGACAAUGUUAACAAUCUGUUUAAGCACUACAGUGCCUCUUUAUUUUGUUUGUACCUGCAAACUCAUGGACGAAGCCCUACAAUUUAAAUAAUAAAGUAACCCUUUUAGGUUUCAUACAUCUCUUCAAUGACAUGAAAUAACUAAUUGAGGAAUAAAACUUUACAGAUGUGUA